GGGGGGGGGGGGUUAGGUGAGAGAAUUGAUGAAUGACUCACCUAACAGCGCUUAACGAUACGUCUGCACCUGGAAGUAUUUGUAUGAGGGUAGACGCCGCUGUUGGGGGAUAAUAUACUCACUCCUACUUCCUAGCACCCAUUCAAAAGGCAAGCGCAAGGUUCAGGCGGGCAGCAGUUCACAUUGUGCGAUGAUGCCGUAGAAUCGAGAGAGCGAAUCGAGAGAGAGAAUGGGUAGCGAGUGCGACUUGGGUGGGUUCGAGCAAGUGGUUUUGGAGACCUUGAAGAGGUGCCAGCAGCAAAAUGAAAGCACUCUGGUCUGGGUAAUGGAGGUGGCCAAGUGCAUUAGGUCAUUGGGUGUGGGGCUCCCCUGCCUGGAGUUGGGCCAUGUUUUGGUCUCUCAACUCUGUUUCGACGACAACAACUCCUCCCUUUGGAAGUUCGUGGAACUUGCCCUUUCCUCUGGCCUCCUCUACCCUCUUCAUGUUCUCUCCCUCCUCACUUCUAGGGUACUUCCUCAUCGUCGGUCUCAACCAAAGGCGUAUAGACUCUAUCUUGAACUUCUUAGUCGAUAUGCAUUUUCAUUUAAUCCAGAAAAGGCAGAUGCCUGCAAAGAGAAGAUGACAAAAUCCAUUGAUGUUGCUCUUCAACUAUCUCAGUUAUAUGGGCUUCGUGUUCUGGAGCUUGGACAAGCAUUUGUGUUGUUCUUUUUCAGUAUGAUUAUUGGUUUGAUUGAUAGCACAUUGGAUGAUUGGGGUUUACGUAUGACACCUACAGACGGACCAAGUUUAGCACUUGGGAGCACAGACCACCAUGAUAUGGACAUAGAUUUUAAAGGAAGCCGCAAUUUCAAAGGAAAUGAACAUCACGAAAAGAUGAGGACUGCAAAUUCUUUCAUGGCCAUAGAGGUUUUGGGAAAACUGACAGAAAGCAGAAAAGCAAUUGUCAUCCUCCGCCUUGUUCACUUGAACAUGCCUGUGAAUUUCAAUGGCCUCCUACAGAGGCUCCAAUUUCUUGAAGCUAGUGAAUUGGUAUCCCCACAUCUGAAUUCAGCAAAUCAAUUAUUGGCAAAAUUAUCUGCCAACAUCCAGAGAGCGAUGGGCUUUCAGUACCAGUUAAACAGGAGCCAGCUUAUUGGAUUGCUUCUUGAUAUUGCGUCUUGUAAGCCAGUGUCUUGCUUCCACUCUCAAUUUGGUCAGUCUGCUUGUUGGGCUCCUUUUGAUAUUUACAUGGAGAAUGCAAUGGAUGGGAAACAACUCCCUAUCAAAUCUGCUGUUGAUGUGCUUACAGAGACAAUUAAGACACUCCAAGCAUUUAACCAGGCAAGCUGGCAAGAGACCUUCUUGGCACUCUGGCUUUCAGCCCUUCGGCUUGUACAACGAGAACAUGAUCCUCUAGAAGGUCCAAUCCCACGUCUUGAGGCCCGUCUUUGUGUCCUUUUGUCUAUUGUCCCUUUGGCAAUCGCUAAUGUUUUGGAGGAUGAGGCAAAGUUGUGUCACUCUUCUACUGCAGGAGCUACUUUUACUGGAUCUGUUGAGUCUGGGUAUGGACAUAAAAUGAAUGGAAAGGGCUGUGCUUCAAGGAAAGAUGGACUGAUUUCCUCUCUUCAGAUCCUUGGACACUUUUCUGGCCUCCUAUGCCCUCCUGUAUCAGUCACUGAUGCAGCUAAUACUGCAGCUAGAAAAGCAGCUAGUUUCAUUACUAAUGCCAAGAAUCAAAGGGAUAUUAUACGUGGAGGCAGUCUUGUUGAUGCUUCUGUAAAAGCAGGAGGCGACAUGAGACACCUCAUAGUGGAAGCUUGCAUUGCAAGAAAUUUAAUUGACACGUCAGCAUAUAUUUGGCCCGGUUAUGUGUCUGCGUCAAUAAUCUCAUUGUCAGAUUCAUUAUCACUUGACAAAUCUCCUUGGUUAAUGUUUAUGGAAGGAGCGCCAUUAAAUGGCUCUCUAAUAGAUUACCUUAUCAUGAAUCCUGCUUCUAGUUUAGCAGAGAUAGAGAAGUUAUUUAGUAUAGCAUUAAAUGGUUCAGAGGAGGAGAAGUCAGCAGCGGCAAAGAUUCUAUGUGGUGCAUCACUUUCUCGUGGAUGGAACAUUCAGGAACAUGUGGUGCGGUUUGUGGUCAAGCUUCUUUCUCCUCCAAUUCCUCCUAGUCAUACUGGACCAGGGAGUCACUUAGUUGAUUAUAUGUCCAUGUUAAAUGCUCUUCUUUUUGGAGCUUCCUCUAUUGAUACUGUUCAUAUUCUUUCUUUGCAUGGUGUGGUCCCUGAAGUUGCUGCUUCAUUAAUGCCACUUUGUGAGGUCUUUGGGUCACUAAAACCUGCAUCAAGUAACAAAUCAAGCAAGGAUGAUGAGCCCUCAAUUUACAUGGUUUUUUCUUUUGCAUUUCUGUAUCUUCUUCGUCUGUGGAAAUUCUACAGGCCCCCUCUUGAGCAAUGCAUUUCGGAGCGGGGGGCAGCAGUUCGAGGUGAGCUCACUUUGGAGUAUCUUCUGUUAUUACGCAAUCGCAGCAUUGCCUCUUGUCAGGUUGAAACAUACAGCAAUCCAAACCAGUCUGAGCCAGCAUCAGGAAAGCCUAUAUAUAUUGAUUCUUAUCCAAAAUUACGAGCCUGGUAUUGUCAAAACAAAUCUUGUAUAGCCUCCACACUUGCUGGCCUCUCUAGUGGAAAUCCUGUUCACCAAGUUGCUAAUAAGAUCUUAAGUAUGAUUUACUGGAAAAUGACAAAAAGUGCUGCCUCAUCCAGUAACUCUUCAACACCAACUAGCAAUAGUGCAUGUGGGUCUCCCGGAAGUACUGGAGAAGAUGCUUACCAGAGACCUGUGCUCCCUGCUUGGGAGGUGUUGGAAGCCAUUCCUUUUGUUCUUGAGGCAAUUUUAACUGCUUGUGCCCAUGGAAGACUUUCACCUCGGGAUUUGACUACAGGCCUAAGAGACCUAGUCGAUUUUCUGCCUGCAUCACUUGCUGCAAUUGUUAGUUACUUCUCUGCAGAAGUUACUCGUGGCAUAUGGAAACCAGUUGCAAUGAAUGGAAAGGAUUGGCCCAGUCCAGCAGCAAUCCUUCCGUCAAUGGAGUCUGAAAUAAAAGCAAUACUUGCUGCUGUGGGUGUUGAUGCUCCGAGCUGUUAUACUGGGAAUUCACCUAUAAUGCUUCCCCUACCAAUGGCGGCCCUUGUCAGUUUAACCAUUACUUUUAAGCUCGACAAGAGUCUGGAGUACGUCCAUUCAGUUGCUGGGCUGGCCUUGGAGCACUGUGCAUCUGGUUGUCCUUGGCCUAGCAUGCACAUAAUUGGAUCUCUAUGGGCUCAAAAGAUUCGACGCUGGCAUAAUUUCAUUGUUGUAUCAUCAUCCCGCUCUAUAUUCAGGCAAAACAAAGAAGCUGUUGCCCAGCUCCUGAGAAGUUGCUUCACUUCAUUCCUUGGAUCGCUCAACAUAUCAACUUCUUCAUUGAGUAACCAAAGUAGUGUGAAUGGUCUGUUGGGCAGCACUAUCUCUGUGGGUGGUGGUGGUCCUUCUGUUGCACCUGGAUUUCUGUUCCUGCGCUCUUGUCGAACAAUACACAAUGUCCACUAUGUAAGUGACGUUAUUGUAGGGCUCAUAGCAGAGUAUGCAAGGAAUUUAGCUUCCAGAUGGGCAAGCUCGGACUCCCCUCGUUUGAAGUCUAGUCAAACAUCAUUAUCCAUUGCCUCUGUUAGGGCAAGGGAGGUGGCAACGCUCGGUGCAAGCCUUCUAUGUGUGACAGGUGGGGUCCAGCUAGUCCAAGAACUCUUCAGAAACACCAUUCCGACAUGGCUGAUAUCGUCAAGGAAACAGGAACUUCAUGUGAGUGCGGUGCCCCGUAUAGUAGAGGGGUAUGCCAUGGCAUAUCUGUUGAUAUUGUCCGGGGCCAUUAUAUGGGGUGUGGAGGCGAAACUGACAACAUGUGCAUUCUCUAGAAGGGCCCGCGCGGUUGGCGUCCAUAUGGACUUUUUGGCUGGGGUAUUGGAGGGAAACAUAUCACUUGGCUGUGAUCCCGCCACUUGGAAAGCUUAUCUCUCUUGUUUAGUUGGUUUAAUGGUGCGUUUCGCUCCGGCAUGGAUUCAAGAAGUGAAGUUGGAGACAUUGAGGAAAUUGGCCUGUGGAUUGAGAGGAUGGCAUGAAUGUGAGCUCGCUGUUUCUCUGCUUGAAAGAGGUGGAACUGCAGCUGUAGGAUCUGUUGCCGAGUUAUUGAAUGUAAUUAGUUGAAUUUCGAUUAGGAAUGUAGGAUUUGUUGAAAAGUUAUGAAUGCAAUGUACAGGGCACCCCAUGGCAACAAGUACCAUACAAGGACAAGAUACUGAAAGCCGAGAGGUUUGCAUCUGUCAAGCGGCUUUGUCAAAGCGGUAUCUUAUGCUUGAAUAUAGGUUUUGCUGAACUCCGUAACCUUAAGGCAAGAAUGGUGUUUUCACGACCAUUGCCUAGAAAUGCUCUUUGCACAAACAUCAGAUAUUGCCAAUGGAAAGCUUUUAGUUGUGUUUGAGUCA